AUGAGCAACAACAAUGAACCCAGGGCCUCCAAUCAUCCAUUUGCAUCUCUUCAGCAUUAUAUUAAACCAGCCACCAAGGUUUUAGUAACAGGGCAGCUCUCUGAUGUACAUCCAACUGCAAGCGACCAUCGAUACAUCCCUCCGGUGGCACUACUGACACCCUUCGCAAACGAAAGCGGCAAGAGCCUGGUUAAUCGCUACAGGAGCACAAUCAAAAGCCUUACUAUUCCUCCAUUCCCCCUUUUAUCGGAAGAGCGCUACUAUUCCUACUUAUUGCAUAUAAACGACUUCCCUCGCUGGUCCUUCGCGCAGCUAGUGGAAAUCGUUGACCUAACAAGAGAGAACAGCUUCAACUUCAUCGCCGUUUCGUCACGACUUAAGCACAGAGACUUUUCACCUGUCACCUGUCUGCAUGCAUUUCAGCAGUACGCAAAUAUUAUUCUCUGGAAGCAGAAUUUUACUAACGAUAAAUAUGUACUUAGAGGUACUGACGAGGAGCUGAGGGACAACUACGUCCAGUUUAGUCAGGCGAUUGCAAUUCUGGCUUUCUACGCUAAUCUAGGAGGCUCCCUUACUGAACUAGGAGAAGCAGAGGUCGCAAGACAGUUCAACACCCGGGUUUGUCUUGCGGCUACGUCUCCUUCACGCGUUUAUGGGAAGUACACAUUCACUCAGGCUCAGCGAGAUAUCCUAUCUGGAGCGAUCUUAGACCAUACAUAUAAGGGAGAUGGCUCUCAAUCUAGUCACGUGCUAUUAUUCCGAGACACUCUAAAUAACACUAUAUGUGACACACUAAUAAAGUCCUCGUUAAGCCGGAUAGGUACCGUCCCAAAUGCUCAGCAUCCAGGGCAGAUGCAGGGUCCCGUUAGCUAUAAUCAGGGGCGCUAUCCCUUUAUCAACUCAGCCAAUCUACAAAACGCUAUAAUACGAAGUGCAAGUAGUUACUCUAAUCUCAAACUGGAAGGUGGCGAAUAUUCCAAGUUAAUAGAGAGUAGUGGUCUUACAUCUAACAUGUCAGAAGAGCUCCUUACCGCAAUGUUGCCCGAUUUUGGCGUAGAUUCUGGUUUUAUCAAUAACGAGCUCUACGGGUUCCUUGAGGAAGACGAGGAGAAGCUCAUUGAGAGACCCGGUAGAGAGCAGAGGGAUGCUCGUAUCACAAGAGGUUGCCUUGGGGGAUUGCUGGCAGAUGCCGCCGCAAAGUACAGGAACUCCUAUGAAACUCAUUCUGCCCGCACAUGCGUUCCUCCUAGUGUUAUGGCACUGCAAGUAGACACGUCAUUAUCAGCAAGAAUGAAUCGGGUGGCCGUAGAGCAGGCUGGGCGAGAGCUCCCUCCCCAUGUGGCCCAGAUAAAUAAGUACCCAAUGAACGGUGCUAUGCUGAUGCACCCAGCGAGGGUGAGAAUCCCUGGGCACAUGCGAAUUGAGCUCCCGCCGGGCUCGGCUGGUGGACGAUAUGCACGCGCCCCCGGAAUGAAUGUUAGCACAAGCACCUCCACGACCACGACCACGGGAACACCUUAUGUCAUGCCACCUCACGCUUUUGCAGUCAGCUGGCGCUACAGGUACUUUCCGCGUGUGGAGAAGGGACGCCAAGCAGACCAGUCCGUUGCCUCUUCUCGGCAUAGGCUGUGGAGACAGGAUCUUUCGGAGAGAGACCACGAUAGGAAAAGGGCAAUAAUUGAGGACAUCUGCAAUCAAAUGUAUGCUAGAACCUCUUAUAUCGAUUUUCCUACGUUUGUUAAGUUAGAAAAUUACAUUGAGAGCAUCGACUGA